CCGAGACUGGCUAGGGCGGUGGGCGGGCGUCACACAGGGCCGUUCCAGCGCGCCCGUGUGCCAACUGCGAGUUUUUCAAAGCCUUCAGUGGAUGAGGUCGUAAAGCGUUUUUCUUUCUCCCGCGAAACCCUGUGCGGAAGGUGGAAGCGCUAAAUCCUUACAGCGGAUCCAAGAAGCUAUGGACCCUGAAAAAGACUUUCAUCAUUCACCAGUUAGGAACAAGGAUUAUCAAAAAGUUUGCUCAUCACCUUCAGAUCCUGUGCAUUUUGAAGUGGAUGCUUCUCAUGAAAAAUUAGAAAGCAACUUGGAAGCGGAUGCCAGGAAUGUCAGCAGUCUUUGUCAAGACUUAACUCGCUCAGAUUCUCCCUUCUAUAUGGACACCAGCAGUACCAAUUCAGACUUGCCUCAGAACGAAAUAAAGAAUGUAAAAAGGGAAGAUGAGUCUAAACUCACACUUGCUGAAGAAAUUUAUAGCACACUAGAUGACUGGUUAGGUGAUUUCAACAUUGGAAAUGACUCACAGAAUGUACUACCUCAACUAGUUGACCCCAGCAUUUCUUCCUUCAGACAAUUUGAACCCAUUUGCAAGUUUCAUCACACAGAAGCAUUUAGUAAUGAAAUGAUAACAUUUCAAAAUCUGAAAGAAGGCUUACCUUAUACAGUACAACCCGAAAUGCAAAAUCAUGUGUAUUAUUGUGCAAAAGACAUUAAUAUAAAGGAAGAUUCAUUUAAGGAAGAAAAUUCACUGGGAACUAGCACUUCUACAAAUGAAGAGCAAUUUGCUCAUAAAUGUGUCAUACAACCUUCUAGAAGUCCACCUGUAGUCCACGGCAGUGGAGAGACAGUGAAAUUCAUGGAAAUGUCACUGGCUAAAAGUGCUGCCAUGGAAUCUGCCCUCAAACCUAGUCAACCUCAGAGCUUCUGGUAUGAGGAAAAUGUACCCAGUGAUGUUGACAAACCGUCUUACAAAGAGAACGGCUUUAACCAGCUUGAUCUGAAAGCUAAUUAUGCAACAGAGAAGAUUUCAGUGUCUUCGAAAGGAAUCCAGAGUUUCGGGGAUAUUCCUGAGAUGCCAGUCAGUCACCAAAAGGAAGUCACAGUGGAGGACAUGGACAGACCAGGGACUGUCUCAUAUUGGUCUCCUGCAGUCAUUUCUUGGAGUAGUGGAGCAUCUCAGGAGGACAGCAAGGCACCUGACAUGGAGCAGAGUUUGGAGAGCUUACAACCUCUGGAAGAGGACAUGGCUUUAAAUGAAGUCUUACGGAAAUUAAAACAUACUAACAAAAGGCAGCAAACUCUGAUCCAAGACCUGCAGUGUAGUAACAAGUAUUUAGAGAAGAAGGUCGAAGAGCUCCAGAGGCAGACUACCAAGCAGCAGGUGUUCGUUGACAUAAAUAAGCUAAAGGCAAAGAUGGAAGAACUAAUUGAAGACAAAUACAGAGUGAUGCUAGAGAAGAAUGAUACCGAGAAGACACUGCAGAACUUGCACGAGGUUUUGACUAACACCCAAAAACAUCUCCAGGAAUCUAGGAAUGAAAAGGAAACCUUACAGCUCGAGCUUAAGAAGGUCAAGGGCAAUUAUGUUCACCUACAGGAAAGGUACAUGACUGAAAUGCAACAGAAAGAUAAAACUGUAACUCAGUGCAUGGAGAUGAACAGAACCUUAAGUAAGAAAGAAGAAGAGGUAGAGAGGCUGAAGCGGCUCAAGGGAGAAUUGGAAAAGGCCACCACUUCUGCUUUGGACUUGUUGAAAAGGGAAAAGAAGACCCGAGAGCACGAGUUCCUGUCUUUAUGGGAGGAAUUUCAGAAACAUGAAAAGAAGAACCUGGAAGAACGACAGAAACUGAAAUCAAGACUGGAGAAACUGCUCACUCAAGUUAAUGAUUUACAGUUCAUAUCUGAGAACGAGAAGGAGAAGAAUGCCAAACUGAAGCAGCAGGUCAGCUCAGUAAAACAAGAAAAUGUGAGGCUACAGAAGCAGAUUGCAGGGAGCGAGGAGCAAAAUUAUGCCCCUCGGUUUGAGACAGCUCAUUUAAAGGAGGACUCUGGGGAGGCAGUGGAGGCAGAUACCACAAAGGAUGCAAAGAUGAUACAUUCUAAUUUGUUCCUGAAUUGCUCACCUUGUGAAGAAGAAAGCCUGAAUCCCCCAGAUGUGAAAAGAACCUCUCAGCUGGUCUCCAGACUUCACAGUCUUCUGGCUCUGGUCAUAGGACUUCUCACAUGUCAGGACAUUACCACUACUGAUGCUGAAUAUUUCAAAGAUUGUGAGAAAAUUAGUGAUAUAAUGCUACAAAAACUGAAGCACUUCCAUCUUAAAAAGAAAAAUUUAGAUAAAAAGCUACGGAAACAUAAAGACAGAAUCACAGCUUUUAAAGAGUUGAUUACUAAUGAAAAAGCAUUUCAAGAUCGAGUUACUGGGGUUACAGGCUUUGAUUCAGAUGAAACCAAGAAUGUUGGAGAUGUACCUACCUUACUGGGAGCCAAACGGAAUAAGUACCACAGUCUGAAUGAAGAGCUUGAUUGCUUGAUCGCAAAAUUAGGAAAUCUUCUAGAGUCAAAAGAAGACCAUUGCAACAGACUCAUUGAAGAAAAUGACAAAUAUCAAAGAUACGUAGGCAACUUAAUAAAUAAGGUUACAUCAUAUGAAGAAAUUAUCGAAUGUGCUGACCAAAGGCUUGAGAUAUCCCACUCCCAUAUUGUACAUUUAGAAAAGAGAAAUAAACAUCUGGAAGAUUUAAUUAGGAGGCCCAGAGAGAAAGCAAGAAAAUCAAGACCAAGAAGAUUAGAAUAUCAUCCAAAGUCCUUGACCGUGAUGCCAGAUAUUUUAGAAGGAAAUAGAAAUUAUUUAAAUUCAAUAGGAUUGAAGAUUAAACAUUAAUCAUUUUCAUCAACCAGUCCAGGAGCACAGUCAUUACUAAGUAUAGUAACCAGAUCAGUCAUACAAAUGAUACACUAAAAUCUGUAUAAAAGAUGAAAUUAUACAUCCUAAAAAUUGUGAUUUCUUUUCUUCUAAUUUAUUCCUGUGAACGACAAAACAUAUUUACUUUAACAUAAACAGAGGAACAAGUGGCUUCUUUUGCAAAUGUCUAUUUUCAUUCACACAAUAUCACUUCCAUAUUAUCAAGCCUUUAAUGACACAUAAAAACAGUAAUGUAUCUCAUUCCAACUUUUUGUUUCUGCCUGUAGGACAUCGUUUUUCUCUUCCGGCAGGCAAGCUCUUCCUACUACCAACCAAAUUUUAAGACACUAAUUCUGAAAUCCUUUGGAACUAAAACACAGAUGAAAGGGGAGGACUGGUCCUUUGAGACCUAACUCAUAAUUUCUACUUUAACAUAGUUUUGAGGAAUUAGCUCUGAAUUUAAACAAAGGAACCAGAGACAGCUGAUUUUAUGAGAUAUAUCAGAAAAACAAAUGUGCCUACAUGCAUAUUAUCCUUUUGCUAAAUCCCAGAACCAGGAUGGAGAUGUAGCUGUUGAAUCAACUAUUGGAAGGGAGAAAUUAUUUUAGCUUUCUGAAAUUAGUUUUGCACUGAAAUUACUCAGGUAAGUACAAGAGAAGAAUAUAUGGAGAAUAUAUAUCUGCACUUGAAGGAAGUGCUGAAUAAAUAAAAGCUAUUAUUAUUGUUGUUAUUUUUGCUGAGGAAUUCUGUAAGAUCUUAUGUGAAUUUUGAAACAGAAAUUUUAACUUCUCAAAUUCAAAAAGUUGCAAUACCAUUUAAGACAAAUGAUGAGAAAUGCACAGAAAAAUGCAGCUGUGACAGUGUUGUGUUUCAGAAAAUUAAGCAUUGAAAGUUUUGGAAAUGAUUCCAGUUUUAAAAAGAGAUAUGGUUUCCCUGGAGGAUCCCCUCCAGGGAGAAUUAAAAACAUGACAGGAGAAAGACAAAUAUUAACAUAAAGAUGGCUAAUGCAGUUCUGCAGUCUGUACACGAUUGUGAUGAAACUUUUGGAAAGGAGGGAUUAACAUAGGCUGUCUGCAAACAGGAGCGUGUGCCUAAGCACCACAUUUGCCAUGUAUGUUAUUAGGCAUUUAUGAUAUUUUACCUGCAGGUUGUCUCAAAAUGAAUGUGCCUCCUUUGGUGCAUGACUGAAGGAUGCUGAGUCUAAGCCUGUACUUAUUUCAAUAAACAUUUAGUGACUUUCAA